AUGGAGGGUGCGGCUGAUUUCACUCCUUUCCAGGAGCAAGUACAAGCAGCUCUGGUCAGCACCACCAAGACAACCAGGCAGAUAAUAGCAGAAGACCUUACUUUCCACCGCUCGUUUGAUCCAAAUACUACCAAAGCGCUCGAUAAGCAAGGCGCCAGGCUUCUCAAUCUAACCAAUUCGUUACUCCGAAUCGCAUCGUCGAAUAACUCGGAUUCACCAUUCAGCAGCAACCACAGGUCAAAGUCUAGUCGUCGCCCCGUUCUGCGCGAUGAAGAGUCAAUAGACGAGAACUGGAAGUCUGUCGUGGAUGUUAUUGACGAGUUGCUGGAGAAGGCGGACGCGUGCCUGGACGAGUUUACGGGUAUCAUUAAGAAGCUUAGUCCGUCGCAGCAGGAGAGACAGCAGAGGGGCGACCAGCGGCAACAACAGGAGAAUUAUGGGAAGACGGGCGGGUUUCCUCGCAUGUAUAGUCAUGGAUCGUCGAAGAUAGCGAAGCCCCAGCUGGGGUUUGAUGUGCGGGUGAAUAACCUUGAUGAUGGGAGUGCGUUUAAGCCGUUGUUGAAGAGCAAACCUCACGCUUUGGUGCCUUUGGAGGAGAGCCUGGGAGGCAGUUUGUCUGAUCCUACUAAGCCCUACCACCAUCCGUAUGAGAAGGAGAUUGGUGAAUCGACGUAUCCGGCAUCAGUGUACGAAAAGCGAGAACCACAGAUGUACCAGCCUGUCGAGAACACAAAGGCAACCUUUGUAGAGACGAUGGAGGAUGUACACGCGAUGCUGGCGGAGCUGAAGAAAGCCAAAGAGAUCGCAGUUGAUCUGGAGCAUCAUGACGCCCACGUCUACCAUGGUCUCGUAUGUCUGAUGCAGAUAAGCACGCGGGAACAGGACUGGAUAGUCGACACGCUCAAACCCUGGAGAGACCAGCUACAGGUGCUCAACGAGGUGUUUGCAGACCCGUCCAUCGUCAAAGUACUGCAUGGCUCAAGCAUGGACGUCAUCUGGUUGCAGCGGGACCUGGGCCUGUAUCUGGUCGGACUGUUCGAUACAUUUCAUGCGGCAAGCAUGCUGCAGCUGCCGAAGAAGAGUCUCAAGUUCCUGCUGCAACAGUAUGUGGGGUUUGAUGCCGAUAAGCAGUACCAGACGGCCGACUGGAGGAUACGGCCUCUGCUACCGGGCAUGUUGGACUAUGCGAGGUCGGACACGCACUUCCUGCUGUACAUCUUCGACCGGCUGAGGAACGAGCUGAUUGAGGCGUCAGGAAGGGACGCAAUCGAGUAUGUACUUGAACGGUCCAAGGAGUGUGCCCUGCAGCGCUAUGAGCGACCUACCUAUGACUCUCUUCGUGGUCGAGGCAACGGUGGAUGGCACGAUAUGCUGUCCAACAGCCCCGUCCUGCUGACACGCGAGCAGUUUGCCGUCUUCCGGGCACUGCACGAAUGGCGAGACAAGACUGCCCGCACCGACGACGAGAGCACGCAGACGGUCCUGUCCAAACGGUCACUGUUUAGGAUUGCGCAGGAGAUGCCGGUGGACAAGUUUGCGGUCCUACAGCUGGCCUCACCCGUCUCUGCAUCACUGAGGAGCCGGACAGAAGAAGUAGCUGCGCUGAUCGCAAAGGCAAAGAAGAACAGCUCUACGGGGCCGGAGAUGCAUGAGAUGAUCCGACGAUCUCCGACUGUUGCUACCACCACAGGCCAAGCAAGGGUUGUAGCCGCCAAAGGCGCGAUGGACCGUGAGGCGCAAGACAUUAAUACUGAUGAUAUCCCAGGGCCAAGUACAGCAGAGACAAGCGUGCGGGCCUCCGUGUCGCAGUUCUGGGGCCAAACCGACCGGACAAGCCAACCGUGCGACAACUAUAAUGGAGAAUAUUCUACCUCCGCGUCGACACAGGCCCUGCAGCUAUCCCUGCCGCUGCCGACGAUGCCUGUCCGGGUCAUCGAGGGUGAAGUUCCCCGUCCCGACUCCGAUGACGACAUGGAAGACGUGGAAGAGGGGGAGGAGGAAGAAGAAGAAGAAGCAACGAGACCAGUGAAGAGCAACGAGAUCUUCACGGUGAGACAAUUUGGAGUGCCACAACGCAACCCAGCUGCUGGAGAUGCUGAUGAAACCGCCGCCCCUGUCCAGACGUUUGAUAAGGAUGCGUCCGAGAUCCUGCUUGAAGACGGUGGCUUGGACCGGAAACAGAAGAAGAAGAAGGAGAAGAAGCAGAGGAAACGACAGCGAGAAGACGAAGAUGAAGGGGAGAGCAAGCCGUUUGACUACGCGAGCGCCGAGUCACUGAUACAUCGACAGGAGAACAAUAAGCACGACCAGAGCAGUAAGAAGGGAAAGCCAAAGGAGAGACGAUUCAACCCUUACGACAAGCUGCUGGAUGCGCCUUCGGGAGUCAAAAAGGUGCGCAAAGAAACUCCAGGUCGCUCCCACACCUUUCGCUAG